AUGGGGAGACAACCUUGUUGCGACAAGGUUGGUCUUAACCGUGGUCCUUGGACGGUAGAUGAAGAUCGCAAGCUCGUGACCUUUAUCCUUAACAAUGGCAUCCAAUGUUGGCGACAAGUUCCAAAACUCGCAGGUUUGUUGAGAUGUGGAAAGAGUUGUAGAUUGAGAUGGAUCAAUUACCUUAGACCAGAUCUCAAGAGGGGAGGAUUUACGGAUGCGGAAGAGGAUAUGGUAAUCGAGCUUCAAACACGAUAUGGCAAUAGGUGGUCUAAGAUUGCAUCACAUUUUCCUGGUCGUACCGAUAAUGAAAUAAAAAAUCAUUGGAACACCAAAAUCAAGAAGAAGUUAAAGCAUAUUGAAUUGGACACAACCAUCACCCAUAAACCCAUAGAGGAAGAUGGAAACGAUAAUGGAGGAUCAUCACAAUCGGAUUCUUCAAAAGCUAAGGAGAUGGAAUUGAACAUCACGUCACAAAUUGAAGUACCGGACUUUAGUAACACACAAACAUCACAAAGUGAAGGAUCAUGUGAUGUUGAGGCCACUUCUUCGAAGAUCAAUGAGAUAUGGGAAAUGUUGGACAUGGAAUCAUCGAUUGUGAAUGAAACAAAUCGAUCAAACACAUUGUUCUCAUUCGAAGAGGAGAUCCAAAGAUGGUUUGCGAGCCCUAGUAACGAUGUCUCGUGGGAUGCUUUGACUAAUCUCGAAGAGAUUUUUCAAUAAGAAAAUGUUGGAUUUGUGUGUGAUGCAAUAUUUUUUUUUAAUGUUUAAGGGUCAUAUUGUACCCUAAUAUCUUUAUCAAGUAUAUAUAUAUAUAAACUUAUCAUAGAACAAGUUUGUAUGCAAGGUUUUA